AUGUGCAAUCUCACCAGUCUUUGCGCUGAGCCAAUGGAUAUAUUACUUGGGGAAAGAGGAAUUAAGGGUCGGCCAUUCUUUGAAAAGUGUCUUCGUAGCCGAAAUCGACAGGCAACAUACUUUGAGGCUCUCCGGCUUGCGGUCUCUGGGAACUUGUAUCGCGCCAUCAUUCUGAUGGAGUCAAACGGAACAGAGGACCCAUAUUCCGUUCUUGCGGCGGCAAUUUUGUCGAUACUUUCAGGGGAUGAAGAAGAUGCUGGUAUGUUGUUGCGGAUAUUUGCCGAGAAACACGCUCCGCUCAACUCAGACAGAGCAAGAUCCCUCGGCAUCUGCCUGACUCGUCAGAUUUCAUCAUUUUGUCCAUCAUAUUUUGGUCGUAACAUUUCUUCCUUCACGUAUCCACCGGAUCUUAUGCCUCCCUGCGUUUUCGAACAUCGCCAAACCCCACGUAUUUGCAACACCUGCUCCAUAUAUUGGUCCGCAAGACGCGUCUAUAGCAUGCUCUAA